AUGAACGAUCAACAAGUGGACAGACCUUUACAUUUAUUAGAUCACAAUUAUUUUUUACCAGUUAUAUAUCCAGACAUUGUUGAUGAAGUAGAGACACUAAGUUGUGGCGAGUCUGAUGAUGAUGAUGUCUUAUCCGAUGGAGAAAAUGAAGUUCCAGUAGAACAAAAUCCCGAGACUUAUACCAUAAUUCCAGGAGUUCAGGUUGGAUCUCAAAUUUAUGUGGACAACUUAAAUUUUAAGUACUAUAAAAAAAGUUCUGUAAGAAACCGUUUAUAUUUAGUUUGCCACAGAAAAAAUCAUAAUGAUUGGCCAUUUUGCCCUGCCACAGCUAUUGUUAACUUGAACAAUCCAGGUCACCUUUCAUUAAACCGGAAGCAUAUCCAUAGGCCUGAAACAAUAAAUAAGCCAUUAGCAUUCUUUAGAGAAGCAGUUUCUCAAAGAGUCCUUUCACCUGGAAAUUUAUCCUCUUCUAUUAGACUAGUCUACAAUCAGGAAAUUGUCAAUCACCCUGAAGCAGCAGAAAACUAUACAUGUCUUCAAACAGAACAUAGAAUUAAAAGACAGCGACGUUGUAGGCGACCCCCUCUUCCCAGCUCACUAGAUCAUUUAGUACAAAUAUUAAAUGAUCCCAUCCACAAAAAGUACAGUCACACGAUUCGAAGACCUCCGACUAGAUUUUUCCGAAGUGAUUGGCCUUUGAUAGUUGACGGCAACCAAGUAGGUGUUGUAUUUGCCAAUAUGGAAACAAUAGAGAGGUAUCGUGCAGAAUUGGGCACUGUUGUUGUAGCUGGAAUUGAUGGUACAUUCAAAACAGUUCCUAAAAGUCCACCAGAACUUAGGAAGGGUGCUUUUGUCACAUUCCAGAUAGUGUAUAGGAGUGUAUCAUUCCCAAUGGUAUAUGCAUUCCUCAUUUCAAUGGACCAAGAAAGCUACCAAGCACUGUUGAAUGUAAUCCGUAAUUUGCUGCCAUUAGAUUACGAACAACUGUGUAUCAUUACAGAUUUCGAAAUGCCAUUAAUGAAUGCAGUUCAAACUCUAAUGCCUGAAACUAAAUUAAUGGGGUGUUGGUUUCAUUUUUGCCAGGCAGUCAUAAGAUACAGUAAACGGAAAUUGAACAGUGUGUACCAUCUUUUUCAAAGUAGCCCUAUUGCAUCCAGAGUUUUGAGAAUGGUAUUAGCUCUACCACAUUUGCCUGCACACAGGGGCCAUCCGGAUUGUCCUCAACAUGAUAUUAAUGAUGGUUUCAGGGCUAUCAUUAAUUAUGUUCAACAGUUUCCUGACAUUGAGGUACAUUUGAGAACUUUCCUCAUUGGAUACGUUGAAAGAUACUGGUUGUCUCAAGUUGGACCAAGGAUCUUGAGCAUUUUUGGAUGUGAAUACAGGACCAAUAAUUAUUUGGAAUCGUUUCACUCCACUUUGUUAACACAAAUGUCAAAACACCCUAAUAUAUGGGAUUUUAUCCAGAAAUUGACACUGAUUGAAAAUCAAUGUUUCGUAGAACUACACCAAGCACGACAAAAUUAUACGAUUAGAGAUACAACUUCCAGACAGGAAAGGUUUAUAAAAUCGCAAGUAAUUCGUGAACAAAUACAGACGUUGAAUGUCGAUGGGGAUAUACUAAUGUUCCUCAGGAGGGCAGGCCAUCAUAACGAUGGAUAUGUUCAAGGACAGAUUGGUCCAUUUCCUGUAAGAUAUUUAACUAUGAAUUUUGAUAAUAUUUUACAAGUGAAGAUAUAA